AUGGGAAAUCUCGGAUUCUUCUCCAACGCAUUCUUCGGUUUUAUUUUGGUCUAUCUGACACUAUUCUAUAUCAAAAGGCAGUUUGGAUCCUACAAAUACCUGUUGGUCAACUUCCAGGUGUUGGGAUUUGUAUUCGCCUCGUUUGAGUUCUUGUUUCAUACGUUCCUCCACACGUACAACGCCAGCCUCACCUACUUCAGUCUCUCCCGCCCAUUGGGUCUAUCCAAUUACGCAAUGGAAUGGAUGAUGGGUAUCUACACCGGGUUAUACUCAGCGACUAUCUGCCAACUCGCCAUCCAAUUUAUGUACCGUUACUGGGCGAUUUUCGACACCCCGAAGCUCAGAUAUUUCUAUGGUUUCUAUUAUUUUAUCUGGGUUGGGUACUACACAUUUUUCGGUGUCUUGUGGGCGUUUGCGGUUGGUCACUUCUUUGCAAUGGAUGAUUUUGGCAGGAAAUAUCUGGGAGAUGAAAUUCUCCUUCGCUAUGAGCGGAAUAUAACGGAUAUCCCUGUGUUGGGGCUGAUUGCUUACGAGGGGGAUAAUAUCAGAUGGCGGAAUGUCUAUGGGUUGUCACUUAUGACCUUGAUCUCCACGGUACAGUACUCCAUUAUAAUAAUCUGCGGGCAUCAAAUGUAUAUUGGAAUGAAGACUAAGCUAGCAGUGCUCUCGGCUCAACACAGACGUUUGCAUCGGCAGUUUUUUAGGGCGCUUGUGAUUCAGAUCAGUGCACCCACUAUCAUCCUCUUCUGCCCCGUCUUCUUCAUGAUCUACGCUCCGUUUGCCGAUUUCGAAAUGAGCUUUCCAUCUUGUAUUAUUCAGAGCGGUUUCACGGUGUAUCCUGCGUUGGACUCGGUGAUUAUGAUGAGUUGCGUCUCGGAGUAUGGCAGAGCUUUUAAGAAGUUGGUGCACAACACAAAGGAAAAGUAUGCGGUGAGAGCGAACAAAGAGGAGAGCAAGGAGACUGUGAAGAACACAACUUCGACUAAGAAUCUGACCACUAAACUUUGA